AUUAGUAGCACCUAAUUAGGUGGUCGUGUAAUGUGCUUCAGUUUUAUGUUACAUUAAAGUGAAAGUUUUUUUAUUUAACUUUUAGUUUUGCUAACAUUAAAAACUAUGCAAUUGUUUGUGUUAUUAGUUUUAGUGUUUAGCGGCUGCUUAGCCGAUGACCUAAACAAUCGUUUGGACUGUUAUUUGGAGCAUGACAUGCAAGUAAAUGAACAACAGUGUAAGGACAGGGGCUGUAUAUGGGACUCCGUUAAAAGGCCUGACGGUGUGCCCAUAUGCUAUCUGGACACUAAACAAGUAGGCUAUCAGUUGCCCAGUGCUGUCAAAAAGACUGACGAGGGCCAGGAGGCGGACCUACAGCUCAAAGAGACCGCUAAAAAGACACUGAAGUCUAUGCCGUCGAUCGAGAACCUAAAGUUCACCGUUAAAUAUAUGACCGAAAAUAUUGUGAGGUUUACGAUAAGGGACGCCAAGAAUCAGCGCUACGAAGUACCGGUGCAA